AUGAUAACUUACAAUGCCCCCAAUUACAUCCUUUUUAGGAAGUCACGACCUACAAAAUAUUCCGACUUUGAUGCGCCAACUCGAAACAAGAUUACAGAGUCUCGAGUAUGCUCAAAUACCUCACCCCCCUUACCACCGGUAUUCAGUGUCUCAACCGCUGUUCCCUCCACCAAAAUCAAUGUGUCCACGACCACUAAUGAUGACCCCAGUUCAUCCCCCUCAGUAUUUACGUCGCCCACGCGACAAAAUGAACGAGCAGUAUCCCCCAAAUUACCUUCUGCGCCCACGCGACAUAACGAACAAGCAGUAUCCCCCAAAUUAUCUUCCGAGGCCAUGGUUACCCCAACCCUGGCCAACACACCUACCAUUUCCACGUCGUAUGUAGCUCGUGAUAACAAUUUCCUGCUCCCUACCCUGCUGGUGGCCAAUGUCCGUUCUAUAAUUAAUAAAAUAGACGAACUAGAGUUGGUAGCUCAAAUUAACCAAGUUGAGGUCAUAUGCAUUACUGAAUCUUGGCUUAACACCUCUGUUGUGGACUCAAUGAUUUCGUUAUCGAACUUCAUCCAAUUCAGAAAUGAUCGCACAUACUCCUGCGGUGGCGGCGUUUCCAUUAUAUUAAAGAAGAAAUUUACUGUAGGAGGCUCGAGCAUUUCGAGGAUUCAGCCAUUGAAUCCCUAUGGUUACUACUUAGACCUAAGCGUUUACCAAGAUCUAUAUCCGCUCUUCUACUUGCAGUCAUUUACCACACCACCUCCUCCGGCGCCAACGAGAACUUUGAACUGUACAACCAUAUCCAGCGUAAUGUUGAAUCCUUCCUUUCUCUGCAUCCUGAUGGUCUCGUGUUUGUGACUGGGGAUUUUAACCCUGUCAGUACAUUAUUUGAUGAAAAACGGUUGGAAAGAUUGUCCGGUUUAACUCAAAUUAUUAAUGUCCCAACACGUCACAACGCCAUAUUGGAUUGGUGUCUCACAAAUGCCAAGAAAGUCGUUUUUGAUGUAAGCCAGCUUCCUCCUAUUGGCUCGAGCGACCAUAAUGCCAUUUUAAUAAAACCCCAUAAAGAUCGUCUGGAGAAUUCGUGUAAUAACCGAGUAUGCAAAAGAGAUUUAAGAGAUAGCAGUAUAAGACAUUUUGGUCAGACUAUUACAUCUACCGAUUGGACGGAGAUAUUCGAAAUACCUGAUCCUAACAUGAAGUACCGGAGAUUUAAUGAGGUAGUUUCUGCAAUGAUGGAUUGUUUUUUCCCCAAUAAACCAACUAGUGUUAGGGAAUCUGAUAAACCAUGGAUGACGUCAUCGCUUAAGUCCUCCAUUAGUAAGCGACAAAAAUCACUUCAUAAGUACGGAAGAAAUUCACAAGCAUAUAGAUUUUGGCGCAAUAGAGUUCAACGGGAUGUUAAAGUGGCACGUAGAAAGUACUAUGCCAAUUCCGUGCAGAAGUUGAAAAGUGCAAACCCUUCCAGAUGGUGGAAAGAGGUUAAAUCCAUAGGGGGCUUCUCUUCUCGGGAAUCUUGGGUACAUCAACUACUUUCUGAAGUAAACCCCACCUGUGAGGACCUUGCUGAGUCAUAUAACGGAUAUCUUGUUGGACUUACUUCGCAUUUUAAACCCUUGUUAGAAUGCACCGAUGACCAGGAGACAGAAGUUCCCAACCAUCUACUCGUAAAUAUAGGGCAAGUUUAUACAGUGUUGCGACGUCUUAAAACGACGAAGUCUCCUGGCCCAGACGGUAUCCCAAAUAGGAUCCUGAAAACCUUCGCUUUUGAAUUUGCCCCUAUCAUAAUGGACAUAUACAAUACAUCAGUGCUCCAGGGAGUCUUCCCUGAUCAGCUAAAACGUUCUAUCGUCUUUCCCAUUCCAAAAGUGUCACCACCUCAGACUAUUGAGGACGAUCUAAGACCUAUAUCACUCACAGCUCAGGUAUCUAAAGUGAUGGAAGGAUUUAUGCUACAGUCCCUCAUGUCGGAAGUGGGUCUUAAAUUGGACCCAAAGCAAUUUGUUCUUCCGGGAAAGUCAACCACUCAGGCACUCGUUUAUCUCCUCCACUUGAUUCAUGCUGCUUUAGAUCAAGGCCACUGCUCUGUAAGAAUCUUUUUUGCUGAUUUCAAAAAAGGUUUUGAUCUCGUCGACCAUAAUGUCAUUAUUGAUGAACUUUUAAAAUUACAAGUGAGUCCUGCCAUUAUAAGAUGGAUAACGUCGUUCCUUACCUCCGCGAACAGUGUGUUAAAAUCGGACCAUCCUUUUCCUCAUGGAAACCCGUUAACGGUGGCCUACCUCAAGGAACUAAACUUGGCCCUCUUCUCUUUGCCAUUUUAGUCAAUUCCCUCCUACAGGACUGGAAUGGGCGGAUAAAGUUUGUAGACGAUGCUACUGCACUAGAAAUUGUUCCACGUUGCUCUCCUAGCUUGCUACCUAUUCUCGUAAAUGAUGUAUCUCAGUAUGCCUCAAGUAGAGGAAUGAAGCUUAACAGUAAGAAAUGUAAGGAGAUGACAAUAUCCUUCCUCCAAUACCAUCUUCCACUUGAUAAUGCGAUCUAUAUAGAUGGUUCGCCGGUGCAAUCAGUAUCCUCCUUUAAACUGCUCGGUGUGCUACUGAGAGAGGAUCUAUCUUGGUGUGAUCAUGUCGACUAUGUGAUUAAAAAAGCAAAUUCUAGACUCUAUGCAUUGCGGAAGUUAAAAAAGGCUGGCUUAAGCGAUAAAGACCUUGUCACUAUAUAUUCCUCCUUCAUUCGGUCCCGAAUUGAGUACGCUUCACCUGCGUGGUCAACGCUGACCCAAGGCCAGUGUGACCUUAUCGAAUCGAUACAGAGAAGAGCAUUACGUAUCUUGCUUCCCGAAAUGUCGUAUCAAGACGCAUUGAAUUAUACUGGUCUAAAAAAGUUAAGUACGCGUAGACAUAAUUCCUGUGAACAAUUUAUUCGGAAGUUGAAGCUUGACAAUGGUCCUAUAAAUCCUCUUAAGGAUGUUGUUGCAACUCGUAUACAUCCAAAUACUCAUAAUUAUAAUCUUAGGUCCGAAUCAAGCUGGUCACUCCAAACGAACACAGAACGGUUUCAAAAUUUUAUAACUGUCAAAUAUAAUUAUUAA